CGGAGGUGGUAUCAAUUGUAUUAUAACGCCUGUUCCGCGAUCGAUUUCAAUCAGUAAGCUAGAAGCACCGGACCACGAAGGUGGCCAGCUCAAGACAGUGACACUUUGCAAUACCGUGAGCACCGAGAACUAGUAGCUAGUGCUAUUGUGGAGUGAACCCGUGUACCGUGUUGAUCUUAAUAGUGUUAUCAGUUGGUGGAGUAUAAUAGUGCUUGGAACUACAUAAAAGUAGCUUCCAUUUCAAGAUUAUAUUCGAAAUCGGCGAGAAACCUGCGCAGCGCAGGUGGCACUUCAAUGACAUUCGAAGAAUUUUGUGGUAGUCCCUUUUGGGACGAUGACCUCACAUGGCGAGAAAACGACCCGGAUCUAACGUUUUGCUUCCAACGCAUUAUCCUACAAUGGACACCGUGCUUCUUCCUCUAUGUAUUUUCGAUCUACGAAGCGUACCGCAUACUCACAAGCCGCUAUCGGGACAUACCAUGGAACUGGUUCAACCUUACCAAGAUGGGCUUUACCUGCGCACUAAUGAUUAUGUCCUGGGUUGAUCUUGGUGUGGUUGUGCAAAAUCUCGACGAACCCGAGGUUUUCGAUGUCCAGAUCUUGGUGGCGAUAUUCAAUGCUCUCGCUUACAUCCUUGUGUUGGUGCUGUUCUUCUUCUACCGGAAGUAUGGCAUCCGUAGUACCGGAACAAUGUUCAUUUUUUGGUUCCUGAAGGCCUUCUUUGGCAUCAUUCAGAUGCGCACGGAAGCAAUGGAGCAUGAUACGCGGGGCUCCGGUACGGGAGAUUUUGCAGAAUUCCAGUUUGUCAGCUACACAAUUCAGUAUACGUUCGUUUGUGUGAUGGUGCUGCUGGAACUGUUCCCCGACAAGGAACCACGGUACAGUGAAUUUCCGAAGCUGAAGAAUCCAAACCCGGAGCUGAGUACGAGCUUCUUCUCCCGGCUGUUCUAUCUGUACUUCGACUCGUACGCUUGGCGUGGCUUCCGGAAACCACUCACCGAUGACGACAUGUACGAUUUGAACCCGGAAGAUACCUCACGCGAACUCGUUCCUCCGUUCGAUAAGUACUGGUACGAGAGUGUUGAGAAGGGCCGAAAGAAGCAGAUCGCGGCUGAUAAGAAAGCGGGCAAGACGGGCCUGGUAUACAAACCGAAUGCGGCCACAAACGGUUCCGUGUUGCCGGCGAUGGUGAAAGCGUACGGUGGGCCGUUCUGGUUUGCCGGUAUGCUGCAGUUUGCCAUCUCGGGACUACAGUUUGCAUCGCCGUACUUGAUGCAGGAGAUCAUGGCCGUCAUUGCACUGGAUGGACCUUUCUGGAAGGGAAUGAUCAUCACACUCGGACUGUUCCUAACCUCGCUGCUGAUUGCCCUCUUCAACGGACAAUACUUCCAUCGGACAUUCCUUGUCGGAUUCCGCAUCCGUACUGGCCUGGUUAGUGCAAUUUAUCGGAAGGCAAUGCGUAUCUCCAGUUUUGCCAAGAAGGAUACUACCGUCGGUGAGAUCGUCAAUUUGAUGGCGGUCGACGCACAGCGAUUCUUUGAGCUGACCUCCUAUAUGCACGUGCUAUGGUCAGCACCGCUGAUCAUUGCUCUGUGUAUCUACUUGCUGUACGAUCUGCUCGGACCGGCCGUGUUCGCCGGAUUGGGUGUAAUGGUGGUGAUGAUCCCCAUUACCGGAUUCAUCGCGACCCGGAUGCGUGAUCUUCAGGUGGAACAAAUGAAAAUCAAGGACGAGCGUGUGAAGAAAAUGAAUGAGAUUCUCGGUGGCAUCAAGGUGCUUAAGCUGUACGCUUGGGAGCCCAGCUUCCAGGAUACGGUCGUAACGGUGCGAAAUGAGGAGCUGGAAGUGCUUAAGGGAGCCGCGUACUAUGGAGCUGGCACGUACUUUGUGUGGACGAUGGCACCAUUCCUGGUGACGUUGGCUUCGUUUGCAGUAUUCGUGAUGAUCGAUGAGGAGAACAUUUUGGAUCCACAAACCGCGUUCGUGGCAUUGGCAUUGUUCAACAUCCUACGUUUCCCCUUGGCCAUGUUUCCGAUGAUGAUCACCUUCGCCAUGCAGGCCUGGGUAUCGAUUAAGCGUAUCGACAAGUUUAUGAACAGUGAAGAGCUGGAUCCCAACAACGUGACGCACAACAAAAGUGACGAUGCGAUUCUGGUGAAGGAUGGUACGUUCUCCUGGGGUGAUGAUGCACCGACGUUGAAGAACAUCAAUCUGGUACUGAAACGAGGCAAACUUUCGGCCGUUGUUGGCGGAGUGGGAACUGGCAAGAGCUCUCUCAUUUCCGCUUUACUUGGUGAAAUGGAAAAGAUGAAGGGAACGGUCAACACCGACGGAACUAUUGCUUACGUCCCGCAGCAGGCCUGGAUCCAGAACGCAACCCUUCGGGAUAAUAUUCUGUUUGGCAAGUCGUUCGAUCAGCGAAAGUACGAUAAAGUGAUCGAGUGCUGUGCAUUGGGCCCUGAUUUGGCUAUGCUGCCAGGAGGCGACACGACCGAGAUCGGUGAAAAGGGAAUCAAUUUGUCUGGUGGUCAGAAGCAGCGUGUUGCCUUAGCUCGUGCUGUCUAUGCUGAUGCUGAGGUCUACUUAUUCGACGAUCCACUCAGUGCUGUAGAUGCUCACGUUGGAAAGCACAUCUUCGAGAAGGUGAUUGGGCCCAAUGGUAUGCUCGUUGGACGAUCGCGUCUGUUAGUUACCCACGGUAUAUCGUUCCUGCCAUUCGUCGAAGAGAUAUUGGUCAUGAAGGAUGGAGAGAUUUCUGAGAGCGGCUCAUACCAGGAGCUUCUCGACCAGAAGGGCGCCUUCGCCGAGUUCCUCACGCAGCAUAUCCAAGAAAUGGACGAUGAAGAUGAGGACGAGUUGAAGCUUAUUCAAGAAGCACUAAAAGAUAACGAAGGGCGAAAAAUAGUUCAGCGUGCGAUGUCCACACGGUCGGAUCGCUCUGGUGGCAGCAAUGGGAGCAUUCGCAAGAAGCGCCUCAGUCGCGUUGAAUCGCGCAACAGCAACAAGCAGCGUGCAGCAGAUAUACCAGCCCAGCAGCAGUCUGCAGCGACAUUGAUCGAAAAGGAAGAAUCUGCCACGGGAUCUGUCGGCUAUGUGGUCUACAUUAAGUACUUCAAGGGCAUUGGAUUGUGGCUCGGCUUCUGGUCUAUCUUCUUCAGCGUUAUCAACCAGGGAACGGCAAUCUAUGCCAACAUCUGGUUGACGGAUUGGUCCGAGGAUCCUGAGGCGGCUACAGACAACUCGGUACGCGACAUGUAUCUCGGUGUAUAUGGUGGACUUGGUGGAGCCCAGUCGAUUGCCCUACUUAUUGCAUCCGUUACACUGGCUUUGGGUUGUAUUCGUGCGGCACGCGAACUGCACCAUAACCUGCUCGUCAGCUCCAUGCGCAUGCCGAUGUCCUUCUUCGACACAACUCCGCUUGGUCGUAUCAUGAACCGCUUCUCCAAGGAUGUGGACGUCGUGGACAACAUCUUGCCACAAUCGAUCCGCGCGUGGUUGCUCAUGUUCUUCAACGUGGUCGGUGUGUUUGUAGUGAUUGGCAUCUCCACGCCCGUCUUCUUGGCCGUCGUGCCUGCAUUCCUGGUAAUUUACUACUUGAUACAGAAGUUCUACAUUGCCACUUCACGGCAGUUGAAGCGUCUCGAGUCGGUUACACGCAGUCCAAUCUACUCCCACUUUGGCGAAAGUAUCACUGGCCAGAGUACCAUUCGGGCCUACAAACAGGAAGGUCGCUUCAUGAACGAAUCGGAACAACGCGUCGAUUACAACCAACUCACUUCGUAUCCAAGUAUCAUCGCCAAUCGUUGGUUAGCGGUACGAUUGGAGCUUGUUGGUGCACUGGUGGUCUUCUUUGCUGCUCUGUUUGCAAUGGUAGCACGUGAUUCGAUUGGCCAAGCUACCGUUGGUUUGUCGAUCAGUUAUGCACUGCAGAUCUCAGCUACUCUCAGCUUCCUAGUCCGAAUGACGGCUGAAGUUGAAACGAACAUUGUGGCCAUCGAACGAUUGGAGGAGUACACCGUACUACCACGAGAGGCCGAAUGGCAAAAGGGAACCGUCGACAAAGCAUGGCCGGCGGAAGGAAAGGUUGAGUUCAAGGACUAUCAAAUCAGAUACCGUGAAGGUCUCGAUCUCGUCAUUCGAGGCAUUUCUCUUAACGUGCAAGGUGGUGAGAAGAUCGGUAUCGUGGGCCGUACUGGAGCAGGAAAGUCCAGUCUUACACUUGGUCUCUUCAGAAUCGUUGAAGCGGCCGGUGGACAAAUCAUCAUCGAUGGUCUCGACAUUUCCCAGAUGGGUCUUCACCAGCUGCGAAGCCGGUUGACCAUCAUCCCCCAGGAUCCGGUGCUGUUCUCCGGUACUCUGCGUGUAAAUGUAGAUCCCUUCAAAUCGUAUAGUGACGAUCAGGUGUGGAAGGCACUUGAGCUAUCUCACUUAAAAACGUUCGUCAAGGGUUUAUCGGCAGGAUUAGACCAUGAGGUGGCCGAAAACGGCGAGAAUCUUUCGGUUGGUCAACGACAGUUGAUCUGUCUUGCUCGUGCUAUCCUGCGUAAAACGAAGGUGCUGAUCUUGGACGAAGCGACGGCAGCGGUGGAUUUGGAAACGGAUGAUUUGAUUCAGGUGAGUUCGAAGCAUCGGCCACUGGUGGGUUUUAAAGAUUUUAACGUUAUUUUCUUUUUGCAGAAAACAAUCCGGACGGAGUUCACCGACUGUACGAUCCUUACGAUCGCCCAUCGUUUGAACACAAUCCUUGACUCGGAUCGGGUGCUGGUGCUCGAUAAGGGACUGGUGGCUGAGUGUGAUUCACCGCAGAAUCUGCUCGCAAACAGGGAAUCCAUUUUCUUCGGCAUGGCCAAAAAUGCUGGAAUCGUAAGCUAGAGCACGUACCGGUAUCGACACUUGGUGAAUCUCGAAUCGAUAUCGUGUACAGUUGGCCGUUACAUCAUAACACACAGUCAACCACCCUCCCUGCCUAUGGUCACGCAAUAAACACGGAGGUACGCACGCGCUCUGCAUUCCAGUGAUGCUAACAGCAGCACUUUGAAGUAUGAUCACAGCUACCUUUCUACUUGGCUGGCCUAAUAAUUAACUAACCUACAACUAUUGAUGACAAACGCCAUCAGCGGUAGGAAAUAUUUAUUGUACCAC